AUGAAUAUUUUGAAAAACAUCAUUCCUGUAAAGUCGGUAGCAGGAGCUUCCGGAAACCAACAUUUCAAUAAUGAUCUGAACGAUGAUGAGGACGACGGAUUUGUGUUGGUUGAUGAUCACGUACCAAAUCAAGCCUCAUACUUUCAAGUGAUGGUUUACAGUAAAAAAGGAAGUCUUGGAAAAGGAAAAGAAGAUCACGUGAGCUUUGUGCCUGACCAUCGAGGUGUCUAUAUUAUCAAGGUAAAAAACACAAAUGUUCUUGGAGGUAUUGGAAUGGAGUUUUUUGUAAAUAUUAAAAUAAGAAAUAAGAGUAUUGAUUUUGAAAAUAUUUCAAGUUCACGAGAAACGAAUUCUUCUUCUCCCAAGUCACACCAUCAUACGGAUGAAGAUGAUCAUGAUUUUCACAAAGUUGAAAUGACAGACGUUAAGAAUAAGGAUAAGAAGGAAUUAAAAAAACAAUACAAACAAUUGAAGGCCUCCGAAACUUGGGAAAUUCGAAUGGAUUUAUCAGAUCCUUACUCACCGUUUUUUGGGCUCUUACACAAAGUCGGAAAGGAUGACAUUGAGAUUCAAUUAAUAAGUGGUGUCUCUAUUGGUUUGAGAUAUGUCUAUUAUCAGGUGGAUAUCUUUGAAGAAUUUGAACAAAUGAUUUUGCGUGAAGAUAGUGUGGCUCCUGAGCUAGGAGGUUUGGGAGAAUUUAAAACACAAUUUAACUCUGUCGGAGUGUACAAGCUUUUUAUUGAGAAUAUUUCACAUGUUUCGAGUUUAGCCACAUUGCAAGGUCUUACUGGAAUGGGAUCUACGAACUAUAAUUUUGAUGUGACAGUAUUGUCUGGAUUUUUAAAUCAAUUUAAAGAAGAUAUCUCUCCAAUUACAUAUAUAGGCACGAGCAAGAAUGAUAUUUUCAAGCAAUUAUUACAGUACUAUGAGCUGUACGAGGAAAAUCAAGAUGGUAAUAAUCAGCAAGCUAAACAAGUGAGUCUGUACAUGAGUGAUCCAUUUCCAUGCUAUCCCUCAAUUAUUCCAAUGGAUUUUGUGAUCAAGGUACAACAUCAUGCAUUGGCAAAUAGACCAAAUAAUCCAAGCCCGGGAGCUCUCAAGUUCAGAAUACUCAUUGGAUAUAUCCAAAAAAGUAAUUGGGAAGUUGCUAUAUGUGAUCAUAUUUUCAAUAUGGGAGAAAAAUUAACACAAGCCAUGAACUCAAAAGAUGGAGAUUUAAUACAAUCAAUUGUGAAUGAAAUUGAGUCAGGGAUUGUUAAAAUUCCAAAAAGAAAAGAGACUUGGCGAUUAGAAAACACAGACGAACACUCUCACCCCUCUGAAGAGAAGCAAGAGGAAGAGUAUGAAGCAACAUUCCGAGUGAACAUUUUAAAGUUUGACUCCAGAUAUUUACAAAUAGCAAUUCAAGAAUAUUUUGAAAAUGCAAAAGCCAUGCUUGAAGAUCUCCAUCGACUCGAAGAAGAAUUUAACAGAGCUCUUCAAACACGGUUUAUUUUGAGCGACAUUUCUCUGGAGAAUAUCAAACAAUUGAAGAGCAAAUCUGAAAAUUAUUGCUUGAAAUCUAACAAAUUAACAGAACUAAUUCAGGAAGCGGCUGAUCACAUUUCUAAAAUGGAUAAUGAGUAUAACAUGAAGACUGAAGUGAAGGACAAAAUCAAAUAUUUGGAAGAGAACGUUCUAUCUGCCACUUCCUCAUCAACAAGCUCUUUAACUAAUGACCUUUUUGUGAGGAAUUGCUCCAAAGUAGACUCAGAACAAGAACUUUCCAGAGUUUAUCAAGAUGCAGUCGAUUUCAGAAAACGAGCACGAAAAAUACUUGAAAAUCUUGUUGAGUCUAAGGGUGACACCCAACUCGACAUGAAACGUCUCGAUCAAUUCAUUACCAUUAUUCGACACCAACGAGAAUUACAAACUGAAUUUUCUAACUUAAUUUCUAAAGCAAAGAGAGAAAAGAAUCUCUCUGAAAUUCGAUCAUUUUGGGAUGAAAAGGGUACAAUUCUAACGAAAGAUUCUUAUGUCAAGUAUGUAGAGUGUGUGAAUUAUAUUGAAGAGGAAAUUCGAAAAGAGAAACUGUUACGACAACAAGAAGAAGAAAGAAAGAAGAAAGAAUUGGAGCUCAAACGAAAGAAAAUGGAAGAAGAAAAACGAAGACAAGAAGAAGAAAAACGACGCAGAGAGGAAGAGGAAAGAAAAAAACUUGAACACAAAAUUCUUGAAGAACAGCAGCGAAAGCUCGAUGAAUUAGUGAAGAAAAAACAUGAACAUCAACAACCAGUAGUAACAACAUCACACCAACAACAACCAUUAGAAGAAGAACCUGCACCUACAACAAGCUCAAUUUCUGUGAAGACAUCGACCUCUUCAGAAUUGGUAGUGGAUAAGGGUCAAGCAUGUCAUCAUGUGAAUAGUGUUUCGAUUCCAUCAGAAAAGGACUCAAACAGUCACGACUUGUCCUCCCCACAACAAGUUGGGGAACAAGUGAAUGCUGGUGUGAAAUUUACUGCCUGGAAUAAGGAGCCGAUCGAGGCAAGUUCUUGUCCUUCUCCACCUACUGUCACAAAUCAAACAUCUGACCAUCAUGUCAUUUCUGUUGAACAGAAAUAUGAACCUACCACUUCUACGGAUAUCAUCACUCAAGACCUUUCUGAUUUGAAUGAAACACAUAAUGAUACACUCAUGACCUUCAAUGAUGUCACCUCCAAUCCAUCUCUCGUUGAAGACAAAGAUGACGACGUGUUGAGUCAUGAUGAAUUAUCCUCCUCUUCCAAUAGUCUAUCCUCACAUUCUCAGAAAGAAAACACUUUGAGUGCUUCUUCAGAAACACCUCAAACCAAACAACCAAAAACUUCCUCUCGUAAGAAGAGUAAAUCCAUUCAUAAGGAGAAUAGUCCUCCACAUCCCUCAACCACAGUAUCGAUUGAAAAUAGUGGAGGUUUAAUUGUAGAACGAAAGAAAAAGUCAGAUAAGAAAAAAAAGCCAAAGAAAAAGACAGACUUGACUCAAACACAAAUUAUUGAAAUGUUUCCUGAGGUAUCGAAUGGAUCAAGUAGUAGUGGCUCUUCUUCAGAUUUUCCAAAACUGAUACUUCCUUCUUCUCAGAGUGGAAUACAUUCUGAUCCUAGUUCCUCCAAUGUGACUGCAACAACUAACUCGUCUUGUACUGCUGCUAAUACGAUAGAAGAAGAAAAGCCUGGCUUUAUCAAAAUCAUCAAUUAUGGCUCACAAGAUCAAACACCAGUCACUGAAACUCCAACCGAAGUUGUUCAAUCAUUGCGUGAAAAUGUAAAACAAUUGAUCUUUUUGGCCUCUCAAAAGUCACAAUCAACCAUCUCAACAGUUACAGGUGUCAAUGAUGAAGUAUUCUUUAAAUUUAAUUGCACCAAUGAACAUCCUUUUGACGAACAUAUGGAACGUAUUUGCGUUUCGAUUGAAAAUUUACUGAUUGAUCACAGAUUGGAAAAGAAACAAUUUCUCACCAACAAACCCUAUAAGGAAUCACCUGUACAGAUUCUGAAAGGUCUGAGUCCUCAAGGUGAUGCCAUUGUGAAAGAAUUUAACAAAUUUAUUGAGGUUUCAGGAGUUAAGAAAAAGCUUCCCAACGAUCCAAAUAAGGACUCGAAUUUAACUCAUCUCUUAAUUCAAUUUUGUUUCCAUAAGGAUGCUAUGACGACAUUGCUGUUGCAAUUAGUACAUUUUUCGACUCUUAAUUAUUUGAAAAAGUUUUAUGAUCCUGAAAAGUCUCUCUUGCUCAAUACGAGCUAUAGGGAUGAACUUGGAGCCACUAUUGAACUAUUGAAACAACUCAAACUAUCCUUUAAAUUUAUUGAACAAUUUAACAAGUAG